CUGCAGUCACAGAGGGAACACAGAACCUAAGAGUGUGAAGGAACAGAGGGGAGAGUGCAAGGGAGGCCUGGCCCUGGCUGAUAGGGAGAGGUGACCAGGAAGAGGGACUCAAGACCAUGGCCGACACCAUCACCUACGCAGACCUGCGGUUUGUGAAGGCUCCCCUGAAGAAGAGCGUCUCCAGCCGGCCGGGACAGGUUCCGGGUAAGGGCAGCCCUGGUUGUCCCCUAGGUCCUCCUCAUGGCCCCUUCCGGACUUCCACCUUGGUCCCUCUUUUUUUUCUCUCCUCUCCAGAUCCAGAGGCUGACGAAGACGGGGAACUCACCUAUGAGAACGUGCAAGUGUCCCCAGUCUCAGGGGGCCCCUCGGGCUUGGCUUCCUCUGGACUAGCGGACAGAGCAGGUCUAGAGAGCCUGGGGGUCAAGGCGGAGCAGCCAGCGGCGGCCUGGCGCUCCCUGAAGUCACCCGCUGCCCGGCGGCUUCUGCUCUGCCAGGCAGCCUGCUGGCAGUACCUCCUGCUUGGCCUGCUCCUCACCUGCCUGCUGUUGGGAGUGGCCGCCACCUGCCUGGGCGUGCAUUAUCUGCAGGCGUCUCAGCAGCUCCAGCAGAUGAAUGGGGUUCUAGAAGCCACUAACAGCAGCCUGAGGCAGCAGCUCCACCUAAAGAUAACUCGGCUGGGGCAGAGGGAAGAGGAGCUGCAGGGGUCCAGGAGAGAGCUGGAACAGAGUCAGGAAGCUCUACAGGCCCAGCAGAAGGCUCACCAGGCUGCUGAAGGGCAGCUGCAGGCCUGUCUGUCAGACAGGGAGAGGACAAAUGGGAUCUUGCAAAGUGAGAAGGCACACAGGAGCACCUUGGAGCAGAAGAUGAGCAGCAUGCAGGACGCACUGAGGUCCUUCCUCACAUGCUCCUCACCAGACACCUGCUGUCCAGUGGGAUGGAUACAUGCCUCGCAAAGCUGUUUUUACUUCUCAUCUACUUUGAAAAGUUGGCAGGAGAGCAAAGAUCAUUGUGAAUCUCUGUCCUCCAAGCUGGCCAUCUUCAGUCGAAAUUAUUAUUAUUCAUCUCCCCAGAUUCCUGAAGUCAUCCGUUCACAUCUGCUUGAUGUUUUAAAGGAGCCACAUUGGAUUGACCUCCUUGUUCAUAAGGAGCAGAAGUGGUCUGAAGAUACACGAUUCCUUGAGGUCCAUGGCCAAGGCCAAAAAUGUACCAAGUUACAAAAAGCUACAUGGUCCUAUAAGAGGCUGGAAGUGCAGCAGGAGGAAUGUACAACUUCUCUUCCCUCCAUCUGUGAGAGGACGCCUUUCAGGUUUUCAAAUGUGCACUGAGCUAGAUACUUGAGCCAAUAAGAGCCUAUGUCCAUCAUCCUAACCUGUGGCCUGCAGGUCUUAUAAUCAUUGUCUCACUCCCUCUCUCUGGGUAGAGCCCAGCCAAGGGCUGAUCCAUGCCUGACACAUCUAGCCAACCUGCU